AUGGCGAUGGAGCGCAUCGCAAGUGUGCGGUCUGCGGGUGAGCCAGGAGCUGCAGGAAGAGCCCAAGCUCUUGGCCGCUAUUCGGAAAAGCCUCAAAGUGCAAGCCGAGGACGUCCUCCGGCUUCCCGGAAGUGCGACGCGUGUGGCAAACAAUAUGCGUGCCGUUGCGCGCAGAAGUCCAUGCAGAUGGCGAAGAAAAGUGCGGAGAUGUUGGCGCAUCAGCUCCUCUGUUGGCGAUGCACUUUCUGCAACGGACCAGUGGAAGGUUUCGAGGAUGAGCCGAUCACCAUUCUACCCCUGGGCCACAACGGCUCCAAGGCCUCAGAGGAGCUUGAAAGGCACUUGAGCCGUUGGCUCGCACGGCUCAUGAUGGAAGACCAGCAUCAUCUGGGAGAAAUACGAGCUCAGCAGAGACGCCAAAGGAACCAGGAAGCCUUUGAAGAGUGGAGGCGGCGCAAGGAUAGUGAGGUAGCCUCUCGGCCACUACCUUCCCAAAAGGUGCACACAAAUGGCCGGCCAAGGAGCCGCGAGCAAUGUGAGCAGCACUACGAGGCAUGGUGCCGUCGCUACGAUGAGCGCCAUCCACGGCCCCCGCGCAAGACCAAUGAAGCUGAAAUCCCUCAGCCGCAGGGCCUUGCGAUCACUGUGCCACAGGUACCGCGCUAUGUGCCUGUAACAUUUGGCAGCGCAGAGUCUUUGGGAAGCCUUAGCUGA